ACCUACCCACCACUCAUUCAAUCAUCCACCAGCCAUGAACCUCAUCUUCGACUUUGACGGCACAAUCACCGCCAAAGACACAAUCUUCCAGCUCGCCCAAUCCGCAAUCUCCCUCCAGGCCCAGCGCUCCCCCAACGACAACAACAACAACAACAAUGACAAUGACAAUCCUCCCCUGCAAACAAAAUGGGACGACAUUGUCCAAGCAUACACCGACCAGCACGCCGCCUACGCAGAGUCCUUCUCCCCGCCCAAACAUGAGCGGUGCACCCCCGCGCAGGAGCUCGCGUACCUGGCGUCCCUCAAGGACACGGAGAACGCGUCGCUGGACAGAGUCGACGGGUCCGGCCUGUUUGGCGGGCUGACUUCCGAAGACCUCUUUCGAAUGGGCAGGGAGAGUGUUGAAAAGGGAGAUGUCGUUGUCCGCGAUGGCUUCGCAGAGAUGGUGAAGCUGGCGAGGGAUAAAGGGUGGCGGGUGGGCGUCAUUUCGGUCAAUUGGUCUGCGGCGUUUAUCCAGGGCGUGCUGCAUCCGCUGGGCGAUGGCAUUCCCAUCAUCACGAACUGCAUCUCGAGCGACGGCACGAUUAAGGGGCCCGAGGGCUUCAACGGGGGCGUCAGGCUGACUACCUCUCGCGACAAGGCCAAUGUCCUCGGCGAGCUUCUUGCCAAGGAGGAGCAGCUGCUGCUGCUGCACUCGCCAUCAUCGUCGUCGGGGUCUCCGCCGACGACUGUCUACUUUGGGGAUUCGACGACGGACAUGGAGUGCCUGCUCAAACAUCACGGCAUCGUCAUUGCUGCGGAUGCCCAGUCGUCGAGUCUCUUGCAAACACUCGAGCGGGUGGGCGUGUCUGUGCCGCACGUCGGGAGCGUGCAGGACAACGACGACGGCGGCGGCGGAGCAAACAUUGCAUGGGCGCGCGACUUUCGCGAAGUUCUCGAGAGCCGGGUGCUGGAGCGAAUUGAAAAGGGGACAACAAAGGAAUGA